AUGCCAGUCCGUCCAGAAUUGGAGUACGAGUUGGGCGGCCGUAAGGUCAGACGCUACCGAAACAGCAUCGUUGAACCAGUAAAAUUCCAACUGAGAGCAAAAGCAUAUGAUAGGGAGAAGAAGCGCGUCGCGGAAGGCGAUAUAGACAGUAAAUCCAAUCAUGCCGCAGCAUAUAAUGAUGCUGGAGAUAUGAUAAGGUAUUUACUUAGCGGGAACCGCCUUGAGCAAGCGAACGACCCAUCCCAAGGAACAAUUCGCGAAGCUCCUCUUGCGUUCCGCACGAUCGUUGUUUCUCGUCCACAGAAGUUUGCCGUCCCAGGCCAGAGUAAUCUUCGCACGUGCAGUUGCGCCUAG